AUGGGGAAAAGGCAGAAGCUAGUGGUCUCCAGCCCAAAAAAGUCUCAAAGAGAAACUUCGAUAGAGAUCCCAGUUGAUGUCUUGAUUGAUAUUUUCUCAAUGUUGCCGUUGGAAGCCGUUGCGAGGUGCCGCUGCGUGUCGAAGAUGUGGUCCUCCGUGCUGCGUCAUGGAGAUUGCACCCAAGUAUACCUGAAAAAGUCAUCGGUCCGGCCUCGUAUGCUAUUCACUCUGCUAUGUAACGGUAAACGUAUCGUUUACUCUAUACCUCAGGAUCUAGAUCCAAACCGGGACUACGCCACUCCUAUAACUCCUUACUACCAGAUGCAUUUCCCUAAAGGUUUGCAUGGUUACUAUGAGGUGUGUCGUCCCUCUAUACUUGGUUUUUUUUGUACCGAAUCUAGGAAACCAAUGAUAUGUAAUCCGAGUACAGGAGAGUACUUGUCUUUACCAAUAGCGACAAGCAAGAGGCAUCAGACGAGAACGUGUUUCGGGUAUGAUCCUAAUGCCAAGCUUUUCAAAGUAUUGUCUCUUUCCGAUGAUUAUGUCUGUCGAGUUGCAACAAUUGCAACGGAAAAAGUGACGUGGAGAAGAGUCGAGUGUUCGAGACCGCAUCAAGCUAUAGAUACUGAGAUAUGCAUAGACGGUGUGCUGUACUAUCUAGCCGAGCACCGUCGAACACACUAUAUGAUUGCAUGCUUUGAUAUUAGAGUGGAGAGUUACAAAUUUGUAGAUGUUGAUUGGUUACAAAGUUGGAGUUCAGCUCUCGUAAACUACCAUGGUAAGCUGGGCAUAUUGUUUCCAACAUAUCCGAGUUUUCCUCUUCACGGCCCAGAAGGUUUUGAGCUGCGGGUUCUAGAGGAUGUAGAUGAAGCCAGAUGGUCGAAGACUGUCUACAUAUUGCCAGAUGGUUGGAAGCAUCUAGCUACCGAUAGCCACCGAGACAUUGUCGGGAUGACUAGUGCAGGUGAAAUUGUGUUGUCGAACUACUUUCUAAUGGAGGAGCCUUUCUACGUGUACUACUUCAAUACAGUGAAGAACACUGUAGUGCAAGUUCAAAUCGACUUCGGAAUUGUAGCUAAGAAGGCUUACUGCCCAAGAAUUGUGACAUUGAUAAACCAUGUCGAGAAUGUAGAGCUUAUGGAUUAG